UCACCGCACACCCCCCCCCCCACCCCCGGCCAUCAACACCCUUUUAGGGCUUCCCGUGCUUUUUCAAUGUGAGUAGGAGGAGGAAAGGGCAGGAAGUGUUGACUGGAAGAGGGUGACGAUCGUGCGUCAGGGUGAGAGGUUCUGCCCGGGAAUAUACAAUCGGUAGUGGAUGGGCCUGGGGAGGGGGGAGGAAGAGGGGCGGGUGAGGGAAAAAAUCUUCGGGGGAAAAAAAUGAGGAUUUUAGAUGUGUUUAUGAAAUCCUACUAUCCGGCGUGAACCAACUCUGUGCGCGCCUGCUCUUUCCCUCUGUAUUGUACGGAUUUAGGGGUGUAUCUGUCCAGGCUGUUGGGGAGGGGGAUGGUUAGAGAGAGGAGCGAGUAUUAGAAGAGGACAAUCCCGCCUCGAUCAUCGACACGGUGCUUUCACCGGAUGCGCGCCCCUCAAUGCGAAGGAAUCCAACAACAUCCCCUCCCUACCUCCCCCCAAUUCAGACGCGGACAAAAGAAACUUUAAUUAAGGUCUGCCCCGCGCGCUGCGUGCCUCUCUCUCCUGAGGCUGUUGAUGUCCAACUCGAGGAUCUGAGAAAUAGAAAUGGUAAAACCAGCCCAUGCCCUUGAACUUCAUUUGCUCCUGAUUUGCUGCAUUGAUUUUUUUGAUACUGUAGUCUCCCUCGCUUCCCCCCCCCCCACCCCAUGCCUCAUCCAAUAAAAGCCGUAGGAGACAUUUGACCUGGAGAAAGAAACGGGGGGGGGGGCUGGAGGUGGAAACCUACUCUUUUGCAAAAGAGAUAGUUCAGAGCGAUUUGGGGAAAAUUGCACUAAAUAAAAAUUCAAGGGGUGAACGCUUGAUCUUGGCUCUCUUGUCUUCAACACCAUGACACCUUAUCAUUAGGAGCGCUGAUUGUUACUUCCCGGGGCUUUAGAUGAUCAGCCAGAAAGUGCAAACAACGCGGGGCUGGAGGGUGUAAAGUUAUUUAAGUAGGCAUUUUUCCCCCUUUUUGGUGCGCAGUCAAAACACUUCACACAAGUUAGGAAAAGUGGUGGUUCCGAAGCUUGCAAGGAUGGGUUCUUUCCCUACGCCCCCUCCACCUCGCCUCCCGUUCUGCAGCAGAAAAGAAGUAAAACGCAAAAAUUAGUCUUUAUUUCAGAGGAGACGGCAUCCAAAUAGGAGCCAGUCAUGGACAACUUGAGCUUUUUCACUGGGAGAUACUUCGCACGCAGGGAAGGAAUUAAAAAGCCCCACGUGGUUGAACAAGGUUUUAAGACUUGCAACCUCUAGUUUCCCAUCUAGGUUCUUUACCAAAGAUUGGCCUCUAGAUGGAUGCGCGUGAGGGACCCUCGAGGGCCGGGGCUGGGCGCCUGGGGCUAGGAUGAUGGUGGGUAGGCUUUGAGCUGCAGGGCAGGGUCUUCAGAUUCCUCUACCCGCCCGGGCGAUCUGGAGCCUCCAGGACGCAAACGCGCACGUUUCGGUCCCUGCGGCCGCGCUCCUCGCACCGCCUUCCCCGCAAGUCUUUAUUCAUCUCUUCCCCCCUCCCCUUCUCCUCCUCCUCCUCUGCCUCCUUCUCCUCCUCUUCUUCCUCCUCCUCCACGGCCGCCGCCACCUCCUCUUCUUGCAUCUCACUGGCCUGGCUCUUGUGUUGCUCUGAGUGACAAAGACAAUGUCCCAGCCUUAACUUUGCAACCACCUUGCCUCCUCCUUCUGGGGUUCAGCGGGGGGGGGGGGGGGGGGGGAGGGAAGGGGGGACAGCAGCCACACAGCCUGAGCAUCUCUUCCAGCGUCUCCUUCUGCGCUUCUCCAAGCUCUUAGGAUAAUUCUUCCCCCCUCCCUUUCCCCCCUUCCCCUAGCCCUUUCCCCCGAUCUUUCUUUUCUUUCCCUCCCCUCCUUCCUCUCUCCUGAACGUUGUUGUUAUUAGGAAGGCUUCGCGCACCCCCUGGUGCUCCGGCGUUUUGUAUGGCAGCAGAAGAUUGUCUUCUCUCUUUCUGUCUUGCUUUCUCUCUCUAGUUGCUCAUUAUUCAGAGAGAGACACAGAGGGAGGGAGAGGAGAGAGAGAGGAGAGCGCGCGAGGAAGAGGGAGGAGAGGAGAGAAGAGCAUAGAGAGAGAGGGAGAGAGAGAGAGAGAGAGGGAGAGAGAGAGAUAUCUCAGGUCAUCUGCAGCUGCAGCGAGUCUGAGGAGCCGAGGAAGGCAGGGAAGAUGGCGAUCCUCCAUUGCUGAGACCCGGCAGAAGCACAUGAGACUCCCAAACAACUUCCACAACAAUAACCCGAGCAGGAAGAGGAGAAAGAGAAAGAGGAUCAGGAGGCGGUGGGGCUGGAGAGCCCGAAGCACCUCCCGGCGCCGGGACGCUUCUUCUGUUCCUGAUGUGAGAGGGUAGCCCCAGAUCAUGGAGGUCCUUCAGUGUGAUGGCUGUGACUUCAGAGCCCCAUCUUAUGAAGAUCUCAAGGCACACAUCCAGGAUGUCCACACCGCGUUCCUGCAGCCCACCGAUGUUGCUGAAGAUAAUGAUAAUGAGACCCGAUCAGGGUCCCUGAAUGCUGGGAAUCAGACAGAAGUGGAGUUUUCUUCAAUAAAGGAUGAGUUUGCCAUUGCAGAGGAUUUAUCAGGUCAAAAUGCAAGUGCAUUGGGGACCGGAAGUUACUAUGGCCACAGCCCAGGAUAUUAUGGUCAGCAUAUUUCCCCUAACCCCAAACCAACAAACAAGUUUUUUCAAUGCAAGUUCUGCGUACGCUACUUCAGGUCAAAAAAUCUCCUCAUAGAACACACUAGGAAGGUCCACGGAGCCCAAGCUGAAGGGAGUUCGGCUGGACCACCUGUCCCCGGAUCCUUAAAUUAUAAUAUUAUGAUGCACGAGGGAUUUGGGAAGGUCUUCUCCUGCCAGUUUUGCACAUACAAGUCGCCGAGGAGGGCAAGAAUAUUGAAGCAUCAGAAAAUGUAUCACAAAAACAGCCUAAAGGAGACCACAGCUCCCCCACCUGAUCCUGAUCCAAUUCCAGAUCCUGUGGUCCCCCCUUUGUCCCUGCAGGACCCCUGCAAGGAACUCCCAGCAGAGGUUGUAGAGCGUAGCAUCCUAGAAUCCAUGGUCAAACCUUUGACGAAGUCUCGAGGCAACUUCUGUUGUGAGUGGUGCAGCUACCAGACGCCCCGGAGAGAACGCUGGUGUGACCACAUGAUGAAGAAACACCGGAGUAUGGUCAAAAUCCUUUCCAGUCUCAGGCAGCAGCAAGAAGGGACUAAUCUACCUGAUGUGCAGAAGAAUCCUCCCAGCCCCACAUCCAACUCCAGCUACCUAUCCAUGAAUGCUGCAAGCCGGGAGAUACCCAGCACUAAUGUGUCUAACUACAGGGGCUCCAUCGGCAACUCUAUCAUGAGACCCAAUUCUUCCGCUUCCAAGUAUUCGCCCAUGUCUUACCCUCAGAUGAAGCCGAAGUCACCUCAUAAUUCUGGUCUCAUUAACUUAGCAGAGAGACCCCGGUAUGGAAUGAGUGACAUGACCAAUUCUUCUACUGACCUGGAAACUAACAGCAUCCUAAAUGACUCUAGUUCUGAUGAAGAAUUAAAUGAAAUAGACAGUGAGAACGGUUUGAGCGUGAUGGAUCAUCAGACAUCAGGCCUGUCAGCCGAGCAGCUGAUGGGCUCAGAUGGCAACAAAUUAUUGGAGACCAAGGGGAUUCCAUUUAGGAGGUUCAUGAACAGAUUCCAGUGCCCCUUUUGUCCUUUCCUGACAAUGCAUCGGCGUAGCAUCUCCCGUCACAUAGAAAACAUCCACUUGUCUGGGAAGACAGCUGUCUACAAAUGUGACGAGUGUCCGUUUACUUGCAAGAGUUCAUUAAAACUUGGGGCUCAUAAACAGUGUCACACGGGUACAACGUCAGAUUGGGAUGCUGUGAAUUCCCAGAGUGAAUGCAUUUCUUCCUCACUGAACGAAGGCGUGGUGUCUUUCGAGAGCUCGAGCAUCAAUGGUCGAAAGUCAGGAGUCCUCUUGGACCCCUUGCAGCAACAACAGCCACCACAGCCACCACCGCCACUACCACCACCACCACCACCACCACCACCAUCGCAGCCACUACAACAGUCACAACCACCACAGCUCCAGCCACCACAUCAGGUGCCCCCUCAGCCACAGCCCCCACCUACCCAACAGCCACAGCCCCCCACGCCAGCCCCACCUCUGCACCCUUACAAGUGUACCAUGUGUAGUUACUCCACCACUACUCUGAAAGGGCUAAGAGUCCAUCAGCAGCACAAGCAUUCAUUCUGUGACAACUUGCCAAAAUUCGAGGGGCAACCCUCAAGCCUGCCACUGGAAAACGAGACAGACAGCCACCCCUCUUCCAGCAACACUGUGAAGAAAAGUCAGACCUCAAUUCUUGGGUUGUCCUCCAAGAACAAUUUUGUAGCUAAAGCCUCGAGGAAGCUCGCUAAUGAUUUCCCUCUUGAUUUAUCCCCCGUGAAGAAAAGAACUAGAAUUGAUGAGAUAGCAAGCAACCUGCAGAGCAAGAUCAACCAAACCAAACAGCAAGAAGAUGCAGUGAUCAACGUUGAAGAUGACGAGGAGGAAGAGGAAGACAAUGAAGUGGAGAUCGAGGUCGAGUUGGACAGGGAGGAAGAGCCAGCAGAACCCAUCAUGGAGGUCCCCACUGCUUUUUCAGCCCAACAGAUUUGGGCCAGAGAUACUGCUGAGCCCCAGAAGGAGCCCGGCUUCCGAACUAUCACCCAUGAUUACAACGCCACCAAUGGGGCUGAGAUUGAGCUGACCCUUUCUGAAGAUGAAGAAGAUUACUACGGCUCCUCAACAAACAUGAAAGACCAUCAAGUCUCCAAUACUGCUUUGCUGAGUACCCCAACUCCUAUCUAUGGAACUGAGCACAGUAAUGAAAAUACAGACUUUGGUGACUCUGGGAGACUUUACUAUUGUAAACACUGUGAUUUUAACAACAAAUCUGCCCGGAGUGUUAGCACCCACUACCAACGAAUGCACCCAUACAUCAAGUUCAGCUUUAGGUACAUCUUGGACCCAAAUGAUCACAGUGCCGUGUACAGGUGCCUGGAAUGCUAUAUUGAUUACACCAACUUUGAAGAUCUCCAGCAGCAUUACGGUGAACAUCACCCUGAAGCCAUGAAUGUACUCAAUUUUGAUCAUUCGGAUCUGAUCUACCGGUGUCGGUUUUGUUCCUAUACGAGCCCGAAUGUUAGAAGCCUGAUGCCGCAUUACCAAAGAAUGCAUCCCACGGUGAAGAUCAACAAUGCGAUGAUAUUUUCUAGCUAUGUGGUAGAGCAGCAGGAAGGGCUGAACACAGAAUCUCAGACCUUGAGGGAGAUUUUGAACUCAGCUCCCAAGAACAUGGCGACGUCCACUCCUGUGGCUCGUGGUGGUAGUGGUGGUUUGCCCUCUCCAUUUGGUAAGAACACACCUUCGAAGACUUUUACUCCAGAAUGUGAAAAUCAGAAGGACCCUGCAGUCAACACCGUUGUCGUGUAUGAUUGUGAUGUGUGCUCAUUUGCCAGUCCCAACAUGCAUUCUGUCUUGGUUCAUUAUCAGAAGAAACACCCUGAAGAAAAGGCCUCCUACUUUAGGAUCCAGAAAACCAUGCGCAUGGUGUCUGUGGACAGGGGCUCUGCCCUUUCCCAAUUAUCAUUUGAGGUGGGUGCUCCAAUGUCUCCCAAAAUGUCCAACAUGGGUUCCCCACCCCCCCCACAGCCCCCGCCACCAGACCUCAGUAUUGAGCUUUACUACUGCAAACACUGUUCCUACAGCAAUCGGUCAGUUGUGGGAGUGCUUGUUCACUACCAGAAAAGACACCCAGAAAUAAAGGUCACUGCCAAAUAUAUCAGACAGGCCCCUCCCACAGCUGCAAUGAUGAGAGGGGUCGAAGGGCCUCAAGACUCCCUUCGGCCUCCUGUCCCCAUGCAGCCGCUGAACCGGAGCAGUGCGGAGAGAGAUGGCCCUCCUGUGGAGAACGAGAUGUUCUUUUGCCAGCACUGUGAUUACGGGAACCGGACGGUCAAAGGAGUCCUCAUCCAUUAUCAGAAGAAGCACCGGGACUUCAAGGCCAACGCAGAUGUGAUCCGCCAGCACACGGCCACCAUCCGAAGCCUCUGCGACCGGAACCAGAAGAACUCAGCCAGUUGUGUGCUUCUUUCCCCUUCUGGUAUAGAGCGGGAUAAGACGAAGCUCCGAGCACUCAAGUGUAGGCAGUGUUCUUAUACCUCCCCCUAUUUCUAUGCACUGAGAAAGCAUAUCAAGAAAGACCACCCUGCCCUAAAGGCCACGGUCACGUCCAUCAUGCGAUGGGCAUUUCUAGAUGGCUUGAUAGAAGCUGGCUACCACUGCGAGUGGUGCAUUUAUUCCCACACGGAGCCCAAUGGGCUGCUCCUGCACUACCAAAGGAGGCACCCCGAGCAUUAUGUAGAUUAUACUUACAUGGCGACCAAACUCUGGGCUGGGCCAGACCCGUCGUCUCCCUCUCUCACCAUGCCAGCCGAAGCCAAAACGUACAGAUGUAGGGACUGUGUUUUUGAAGCUGUCUCUAUCUGGGACAUCACCAAUCAUUACCAAGCCUUCCACCCCUGGGCUAUGAAUGGUGAUGAGUCCGUGCUGCUGGAUAUUAUCAAGGAGAAAGAUGUGGUUGAGAAACCCAUCCUUCCAUCCGAAGACUUGAUAGGCCCUGUUAAUUGUGAAAACAGUCUGCCCACCCCCCUCCCCGAGCAGGAAGCUGAAUGCCCAGAGGAUGCAAGACUUUCCCCAGAGAAAAGCUUGCACCUCGCUUCAGCAAACCCUGCCAUCUCCUCCACCCCAUACCAGUGUACAGUGUGCCAGUCCGAGUAUAACAACCUGCACGGUCUCCUCACGCACUAUGGGAAGAAGCACCCUGGCAUGAAAGUGAAGGCUGCCGACUUUGCCCAAGACAUCGACAUCAACCCCGGGGCGGUCUACAAAUGCAGACACUGUCCGUAUAUCAACACUCGCAUCCAUGGGGUGCUGACCCAUUACCAGAAGCGACACCCGGCUAUCAAGGUGACCGCGGAGGACUUUGUGCACGACGUGGAGCAGUCGACUGACCUAUCCCAGAAUGACGUGGAAGAGACAAGCAGGAUUUUCAAACAAGGGUACGGUGCCUACCGGUGUAAGCUGUGCCCGUACACGCAUGGCACUUUGGAGAAGCUCAAAAUCCAUUACGAGAAAUACCACAAUCAGCCAGAAUUCGAUGUCUUUUCCCCAUCGCCCCCAAAGCUACCAGUUUCCCUUGAGCCAGAGAUAACCACUGAAGUGAGCCCCUCCCAGAUCUCCAUCACUGAGGAGGAGGUGGGAGAGGAGCCCAUGUCCACUUCUCACUUCUCUACCUCGCACCUGGUCUCCCACACUGUGUUCCGGUGCCAGCUCUGCAAGUACUUCUGCUCCACCAGGAAGGGCAUCGCCAGGCAUUACCGGAUCAAGCACAACAAUGUCCGUGCCCAGCCAGAGGGCAAGAACAACCUCUUCAAGUGUGCCCUGUGUGCCUACACCAACCCCAUCCGUAAAGGGCUGGCUGCCCACUACCAGAAGCGCCACGACAUUGAUGCCUACUACACCCACUGCCUGGCAGCCUCCAGGACCAUCAGUGACAAGCCCAACAAGGUGAUCAUCCCAUCGCCGCCCAAAGAUGACUCCCCACAGUUGAGCGAGGAACUCCGGCGGGCAGUGGAGAAGAAAAAGUGCUCCUUGUGUUCCUUCCAGUCGUUCAGCAAGAAGGGCAUCGUGUCCCAUUACAUGAAGCGUCAUCCAGGGGUGUUCCCAAAGAAGCAGCAUGCAAGCAAGUUGGGAGGCUACUUCACAGCUGUGUACGCCGACGAACACGAGAAGCCCCCACUGAUGGAAGAGGAGGAGCGAGGCAGCUUCGAGAAAGCCGAGGUGGAGGGCGAAGCUCAGGAAAUCGAGUGGCUCCCGUUUCGCUGUAUCAAAUGCUUCAAGCUGUCCUUCAGCACGGCUGAGCUUCUGUGCAUGCAUUACACCGAUCACCACAGCCGGGACCUGAAGAGGGACUUCGUCAUUCUUAGCAAUGGCCCCCGCCUGCAGAACGCCACCUACCAGUGUAAGCACUGUGAUAGCAAAUUGCAAAGCCUAGCAGAGCUGACCUCACAUUUGAACAUUCACAAUGAGGAAUUCCAGAAGCGUGCCAAACGCCAGGAGAGGAGGAAACAGCUUUUGAGCAAGCAGAAAUAUGCAGAUGGUGCUUUUGCAGAUUUCAAACAAGAGAGGCCUUUUGGUCAUUUAGAAGAGGUGCCAAAGAUCAAGGAGAGGAAAGUGGUGGGCUACAAGUGUAAAUUCUGUGUGGAAGUGCACCCAACGCUCCGAGCCAUCUGCAACCACCUCCGGAAGCACGUCCAGUAUGGCAAUGUCCCGGCUGUGAAGCAGGAGGCUGAAGACCCUUCCCAUUUGUUCCUGGAUGGAUUGGAAGCAGCCAAAGAUGCCAGUGGCGCCCUGGUGGGCCGGGUGGAUGGUGGACACUGCUUGCUUGAUGGAAUGUUGGAGGAUGAAACCCGGCCGGGGGGAUACCAUUGCAGUCAAUGUGACAGAGUCCUGAUGUCCAUGCAGGGGCUGCGUUCUCAUGAGAGGAGCCAUCUGGCCCUGGCCAUGUUUACCCGAGAGGACAAGUACAGCUGCCAGUAUUGUUCCUUUGUUUCUGCUUUCAGGCACAAUUUGGAUCGCCAUAUGCAGACCCACCAUGGACACCAUAAACCAUUCCGCUGCAAACUCUGCUCCUUCAAGUCCUCCUACAACAGCCGGCUGAAAACGCACAUCCUCAAAGCUCAUGCUGGUGAACAUGCCUACAAGUGUUCUUGGUGCUCAUUCUCCACCAUGACCAUCAGCCAGUUGAAGGAACAUUCCCUCAAAGUCCAUGGGAAAUCCCUGACCCUCCCCCGGCCCCGGAUUGUCAGCCUCCUCUCCUCACAUGCCCACCACUCCUCCCAAAAGGCUACCCCAGCUGAAGAAGUAGAAGACUCCAAUGACUCUUCCUACUCUGAGCCCCCUGAUGUCCAGCAGCAGUUGAACCACUAUCAGUCAGCUGCUUUGGCAAGAAACAACAGCCGUGUUAGUCCUGUGUCUCUUUCUGGGGCUGCUGCUGGCUCCGAGCAGAAAAGCGAAGCUGUUCUUCACUGCGAAUUCUGUGAAUUCUCCUCUGGCUACAUCCAGAGCAUUAGGCGCCACUACCGGGACAAGCAUGGCGGGAAGAAGCUUUUCAAGUGCAAAGACUGCACCUUUUAUACAGGCUUUAAAUCUGCUUUUACUAUGCACGUGGAAGCUGGGCAUUCGGCGGUUCCUGAGGAGGGUCCCAAAGAUCUUCGCUGUCCUCUCUGCCUCUAUCACACCAAAUACAAGCGCAACAUGAUAGACCACAUCGUGCUACACCGAGAAGAGCGAGUUGUCCCCAUUGAAGUAUGCCGGUCCAAACUGUCAAAAUACUUGCAGGGAGUAGUGUUCCGCUGUGAUAAGUGCACCUUCACCUGCUCCAGCGACGAGAGCCUGCAGCAGCACAUCGAGAAGCACAAUGAGUUGAAACCUUACAAAUGCCAGCUCUGCUACUAUGAGAGCAAGCACACAGAGGAACUGGAUGGCCACCUUCGGGAUGAGCAUAAGGUAAGCCGUAACUUUGAGCUUGUUGGACGGGUUAACUUGGAUCAGCUGGAACAGAUGAAGGAAAAAAUGGAGAGUUCCAGCAGCGACGAUGAGGACAAGGACGACGAAAUGAGCAGCAAGGCUGAAGACAGAGAGCUGAUGGGAUUUUCAGAUCACGGAGUGUCUAUGAACACCGAGAAGCGUUUUCCGUGUGAAUUCUGUGGACGGGCAUUUUCACAGGGCUCUGAGUGGGAAAGACAUGUGCUGAGACACGGCAUGGCAUUGAAUGACACCAAGCAAAUAAGCAGAGAAGAGGUGCACCCAAAAGAGAUGAUGGAGGACAUGCUGAAGAUACCCUCCAUGGAGGAGAAGGAAGACGAUGAGCCACUUGGGAUAGACUUUUCCCUAAAGAGUGAAACUGUUGCCAUCUGUGUUGUAACUGCCGACAAAUCUCUCCUGGAGGAUGCAGAGGCCAAAAACGAAUAAGAGUUUGGUGAAAUUCUUCAUCAAACCUGACUUGACCCAGGAUGAGAAAGUGGGAGGACCAGCAUGGGCUGAGAAGGGAGGGACAGAAAAAUAAAAUAAAAAUAAAUAAAGAGAGAAGACAGAACAAAGCUGCUUUUUAGGGACUGAACAAUCUAUUUUCAAAGCACUGGUACCUGUGUGAGUGAGUAUGUAAAUUAAAGUUAUUUAAAUGGUUGGAAUAUGUGGCUCCUUUUCCAUCACCCCAUCUUUUCUCCUGGAUCUUCACCGUGGAAGUCCCCUCUGCUGCAGAUUUGGGGAUGCCUUUUGUGGGCACAGUGCAGCCCGUGGUUGCCGGGACAGUCUACGGAAACACACGCUCUGGGACAGUGGAAGACUUCUCAAGGGGAACAACUUUUUGACGCACAACUUUCUGUGCGUUUUUCUAGUUUUAAUACCUUAAGCUUUUUCAAGACCUAACUGCAGCCGCUUUGGGGGAAAAAAGUAAUAAUAAUAAUAACAAGAUAAAAACCAGAAAACAAAAAAAAACUGCUUUGCAUAAAACAGUCACCUGUUUCCUAGUACCUCAAACUUAACCAAGGGAAUUCUCUGCAUUUCUCAGUACUACCUGUUGUCCUGUGGUUAAAUGUAGAGAGAACUGCUGGGCAAGAUGGUGAAUGGAGGGGGGAAAUAAAAAAAAGAGUUUUAAAGAAAGGAACACAAAUUGUGCUUAAAAUCCCCAUGUGGGUUUUAUUUCUUAAAAUACUGUGAUUUUUUUAAUUAUUUUAGUAAAAAACAAAACAAAACAAAAAAACAGAAACAGACUUUAAUUAUUAGCUCACUGUUUGUGAAUGGUCAUCCUUUACUCCAGGUAAGCUGUUUAUUCGUGUUCAACGAUAAGUUAGAUUUCAGUAGAUUCAUGUGAACUAAUUUUAAGGUGAUGGUGGCAUUUUGUUUGCCACCUGCUUAUUUUCUAUCGAGUUGAGUGUUACAAACACAGCACAAUUCAGUUUUUUUUUCAUAUUACUUGUUUGUGGGUGUGUGUGUAUGUGUGUGUGUUGUUACUAUUUUAAUUUGAGGGCAAGAGAGAUUUAGUUUCUUUGUGAAUAGGAAUGUUUUUAUUUUAAACAUGGAAAUAACAAAAAAGUUAACUUCUCUUUUUGUUGUUGUUUUCUUUUUAAUUUAAUGAUAGAACCAAACUUUCAGCACAACUAUGCCGCUAGUAGACCAGGCCAAGAGGCCCUCUUCACCCUUUUUUGUUUAUCAAAUUAAUAUCUUCUUUGUCUCACAUCCAGAAUGUUAGGAUGGCUGGCUUUUGUUUGCUUUGUAUUUUGUAGGCGUUACUCAUUUGUUUGGGGGACAGAGGAGGACAUCCUAGAGCCUGUUCCCCUUGAUGAGAGUGGACAAGAAAUGAUAGAUACACUAUAAGGAGCCUGGAGAAUUCCUUUUUUGAUUUGUUUUUGUUUUUUGUUGUCAGCUGCUCUGUUUCCUUGUAUUCACUUUUUGUCUGGAGGGAGCAGCUUAAACGAAAGUUAAGUCUACAUUUAUAAUAUGUUCUGAUUGUGAACCAAGUUUCCUUCCAAAAAAUAGAAAAGAACUUCAACCCUAGGUUUUAGAAGCUGGUGUGUGUGUGUGUGUGUGUGUGUGUG